AUGUCUUCUGUAACAGAAGUCCUCACCCGCAAGCCAACGAACCUCGCCGUCGCCACCAACCCAGCUCACGAGCUUAAGGUUCUCUCGUCAGACGUCCCCGAACCAGGGCCGGAACAGUGCCUUGUCCAUGUCAGAGCUACAGGCAUUUGCGGGAGUGAUGUACAUUUCUGGAAACACGGCAACAUUGGCGACUCAGUCAUCACGAAAGACUGCGGGUUAGGACAUGAAAGUGCUGGCGUAGUAGUGAAGACUGGAAGCAAUGUUCAGGGGCUCAAAGUUGGCGACCGCGUCGCCAUCGAAGCAGGCAUCCCCUGCUCCAAACCAACCUGCGACUUCUGCCGCACAGGCCGCUACAAUGGAUGCCCGAACAUGAUCUUCUACUCCUCCCCGCCAGUCGACGGCACACUCCGACGCUACCACGCUCACAACGAAGCCUGGCUCCAUCGCAUACCGGACAAUAUCUCGUACGAAGAGGGAGCCCUGCUGGAGCCGCUGUCGGUAGCUCUUGCCGGGAUCGAGCGAUCUGGACUUCGUCUCGGAGACCCGCUGGUGAUUUGUGGUGCCGGACCGAUCGGGAUUGUUACGUUGCUUGCCGCGAAUGCGGCGGGAGCCGCUCCGAUUGUCAUUACGGAUUUGGAUGAAAGUCGGCUGAAGGUGGCGAAGUCGCUGGUCCCGAGGGUGAGGACUGUGAAGGUUGAGAUGGAGAAGAGUGCCGAAGACAUUGCAUUGGACAUCAAGACCGCUCUAGGUCAAGAAGCAAAGCUCGUGAUAGAGUGCACUGGCGUCGAGAGCUCCAUUCACUCGGCAGUAUAUGCCACCAGAUUCGGCGGCACAGUUUUCAUCGUCGGUGUCGGCAGCAAAAGCAUGCAGCGGUACCCUUUCAUGCACGCCUCCUUCCGCGAGAUCGACAUCCGCUUCCAGUUCCGGUACAUGGAGACGUAUCCAAGAGCCAUCUCGCUUGUCUCGGAGGGCCUGAUUGAUCUGAAGCCGCUGGUGACGCAUCGCUUCACGCUGGAGCAAGCGCAGGAGGCUUUCGAGGCCGCUUCGACGCCUGCUGCUAAGGCUAUCAAGGUGCAGCUGCUGGAUGAUUGA